GCGAGAGUAGCAUAUUAGAUGUCCCUGUACAGCCGGGAGAUCCAGUUUUCAAAUACACAGUUACUGUCCGAGUUCGGAUUUUCGACAUCUAUGGAGAUUAUGCACUACAUUCUUCAAAUAUUACAGUAUUGUCCUUGUUAAUUUAAUUUUAUGUUUCCACAAUUGAGUCCUCGUUUCAAAACUUUGAUUCAAAGUUCAACAACUACAAGCUGUCAGGAAAUGACAUUCAAACCUUGAGUUUUUUAGGAGCUGUUGCAGCCGGUUUCAAACAAUUUCCGUUUGUUGACAAAACAACAUCUGAAGAAGAGGUAAACGGUGAUACAGAGUCCAUUAAUAUCGACACAUCCGGAGGGGGACCUGUGUUUCUUGUUUAUAUACAGAAAACCGUGAAGCUUCUUCAGCUGGUCAAAGGCAUUGUUACCCCUGGCUGUGCACAUUUCAUCGACAGAUUCAAAUUAACAGACAUACAGCAGAUCUUCAGCACCUUGGAUGCUUUGACUCGCUUUGAACCGUAUUUGUCUUUGAAAGGAGUGAACAUAACGGUAGACAUUGUGGACACUGUUAUUGAUUGUUUGGAAUAUGGCAGCAGGAGAACUCCUCUAUCUCCGAGUGCAGUUGAAAUGUUAACAGACAUUGCUAAUGUUUAUCAUCGUGUACUGGACAAUGUCUUGAACAAAAUGCUACCAAGGAAGCUUCAGAACUUGGAUGUUGAAAUUUCUGAAGACGAUAUAAAAGCGGAAAUCAUGUUGCACAUCAAGUUCUUCCUCCAAGAAACCGGCCUAUUAAAACAAAAUCAAGGGAACAUAACUUCUGACUACCAAAGCAUUAAUAGACAAGUUGAUUUUAUUUAUCAAAUAAAAGCACACGAGCGAGAGCUUCAACUUCAGCAGAGAGAAACGGCAAGAAAAUGUAUCCCAAUUAUAAAACAAAUUCAGACCAUAUUUUUAAAUGUCAUGCACAAAACUAUUGUUUUGGGUGAACGGCUUUUCUGGAAUGCUAAUCAUGUACUGGAAAUAAUGAUCAGGAAAAUCCACGUCAACGAUCUUGAAAAUGCCAGAGAUGAGUUUUUUGGAGGUGUACGUGAAGUGAAUGGCUCAAUCAACCACACAUCCUACCUUGAAUUUGCAGUGUCCAACUACUUACGAAACCCCUAUAUUUAUGGAGAAAACGCAUCCAAGGCAAUAUCUUCAGUUCCGGUUAUAGAUAUUCCGCAAAACAUAUCUGUGGACUCCAAUAUUCCGAAUAAAGGAAACCUGGAAUUUAAGAGAUAUAUUCCUCUCAUCAAUCCACACUAUCCAGAACAGAUGAUUUAUUUUUCUUUUGAACUAAUAAAUAGUGGAGAUGCUGCACUUAUUUACAUAAAACCUGAUGGAUUUGACUUCUUGGGCCAUCAGAAGGUUCCAUCAUAUUCGUUUUAUUUUAGUUCAUCUGCUUUUCCAACAUCUAGUUUCUUUGAUUACAAGAAGGUGCUGGGUGUAAGAGAUUGGACAAGAUAUGGAUUUAAAGUGUUUCUUCCAGGAGAUAUAUGUGGAAAAGGGCUUUGUUAUCUAGGCAUAAAACCCCUUACAGGUAAAAAGUUCAACUAUGACUUCUCUGGAUCAAGAAAAAGACGAGCCACCUAUUCUCAAACAACUAUCAGGCCACCAGAGAACGCGACCUUGAUUGUUAACGCUGCGGAUUUUGUUCCAGUUGAAGCAAACUUUAGCCUGAUAUUCACAACUACGGGAUGUCGAACCUGGGAAAACGGAAAGAACUUGUGGACGAUGGAAGGGUGUGAGGUUUUGCCAAUGAGUGAUUUGAACAACACGGUCUGUCGAUGUAUUGGAGACACCUUUUCAACCUCCUUUUAUGUACCAGCUAAUGCGAUUAAUUUUCUGACAGUUUGGGGUAAAUUUGACGCUUCCAAUGCUACAGUGUAUGGCGCACUGGUUGUAGUCUUUGUUAUUUAUAUAAUACUGCUUAUUGUGCUUCGAAGACAGGACAAAAAGGACCGAAGCAGGAGUAAGGUAUCCUUUCUCUGUGACCACAUUACAACGCAUACGUACUUCUAUUUGAUAAGUGUAUACACUGGAUUCCGGAGAGGAGCGGGUACUAAAUCUAAUGUAUAUUUCAUACUCACUGGUGAUGAUGAUGAUUCAGGAAUUCGUUUUCUAAAUGACGGAUUUCAAGAGGGAUUUUCGACAUCAAGUGUCAACAUGUACUUCUUUGGAACCAAUGAACCCCUAGGAGAUUUAAGAUACAUUCGGAUAUGGCAUGAUAAUUCUGGUCCACCUGGUUUCAAAAGUUGGUUUUUAAGCAAGAUCAUUAUUGAAAACUUAGAACAGAGAGAAAGAUAUACAUUCCAUUGCAACAAAUGGUUGGGUAUUGAUGAUGAAGACUGUACGCUGGAUCGAAUAAUUCCAGUAUCAACGCCAGACAACCUUUCCUAUAAUGAUCGUAUUUCCGUGGAAGCUCAAGCCCAAAUGCCUGUGUAUCAUUUAUGGCUUUCUCUGCUUUAUCGUCCCCAGCUAGGAAAAUUCACACGUGUUCAAAGGCUUUCAUGCUUAGUGGCACUACUCUGUCUUACUAUGAUAUCAAAUGCCAUGUUCUUUCGAUCGUCCGAUGAAAAUCAAAAUGUUGACGAAGUGAAUUCCGGAAUAUUUCGAUUGUCAUUCGGUACAGUCUAUGUAUCAUGUAUCGGAAUGCUUAUCUCAACUCCCCCUGUUACUUUUGCUGCCUUUGUAUUUCGAAAUACUAGAAACUCUAAAUCUGCUGCACAUAAGAUCGCCAAUUCAAAAAAACAACCCAGUGAUAAAACAUACAAAUCAUUUUCAAAUCUUGAUGGUGAUGUGUUCACUCUAAGUAAAGGCACUUUGCCACGUUGGGUGUUUUAUGUAGCAUGGGUCAGUGUUGUUUUGGCUAUCCUUUCAUCUAGUUUUUUCCUCAUCCUUUACAGUAUGGAGUGGGACAAAUCAAAAUCAAAUGAGUGGCUUUCAUCACUUGUUUUCUCAUUUUUGGAAUCAUUCAUAGUUUUCGAUCCGAUAAAGGUUCUAUUUUUCGCCAUUAUUUGUUCGACUGUUUUUAAAAGUUUGAUGAUGGAAGAGCUCCCCAAAGUUAAUGUAGAAAAAUUGCGAUUGACGUCGAUGAAUACCAAUCUAUCACAGAGAACAAACUUUUCAGACUUAGCAAACAAAGUUUUACCAAAAUGUGAUGCAUUUUCCAAGGAGGAAAUCAACGAAUUGAGAAAGAAAUGUCGCGAGGAAACUCAAGCUAGAUCAGCGCUGACCAGUCUGGUCAUGUUCAUCCUAUACAUUCUUGCAAUCUAUGGAAUCAGCUUCACCCAGCGUGAUCAGCGUUCUUUGAGCAUGAAGCAAAACCUUGAUAAUCAUUUGCUUUUAGGAAGUCACGGCUUCUCUUCAUUAAAAGGUAGAAAGGAUUUCAUUAGCUGGAUGAAUGACACGUUUAUUCCAACGUAUUACCCGAAUGCCAGUUAUGCAGGUAAAUCAUUGACAGUUUUGGAUCGUCAAUGGUUCAAAGAUAUGGCCAGUAUUCGGGUUGGGCCAGCACGUCUCCGCCAGGUUCGCAUGAAAACAGGCACAUGUCCCUAUUCCUAUUUACCGUGGUCUUACCCUUGCGUGGACAGUUACUCAGAAACCGAGGAAGACAAAAAUUCAUAUUGUCUACGAUGGAAACCGUACAAUGACACCAUUUGUGGAAGCGAACUUUACAAAAGUAGGUUCUACACUGCCGAGGCCUGGAAGUACACGGACGCCGUUGAAAUCUGGGGGAUGUCCAGGAUGGGAGAAUAUAAAACUUACAGUGGAGGGGGGUAUAUUCUUAAAUUUGUGAAAGACAAAGUGAAUGCCCACUUAUUACUCAAGGAACUUUUGGACAAUAACUGGAUUGAUAGAAAGACACGUGCAAUAUUUGUUGAGUUUACGAUAUACAAUCCAAAUGUCAAUCUUUUUACAUAUUCCAUGUACUUAGUGGAGUUUUCUGAAGUAGGCAGUGCUUUUACAUGGACUGACACUCAAGCAUUUAAACCUGUAUUAAAUUUAUCAUCUCUCGGCUUCACUAUCGUGAUGUGCUAUGUGGUUUUCCUCUUCUAUUACAUUUUCAUGCUUUUCAAGAUAAUAUUGCAGUGUAGGGAAAUUGACUGUAUACGUUUUAUCAAAGAACCAUGGAAUUUUGUGGACUGUCUUUGUACAUUCCUUGCUUAUUCUUGUCUUGUUGCGUUUAUAUUACGGAUGAAAUACACGAAUACGGCAAUGGAUAUGUUUUAUGACGAUAAAUUGACAGGUGCCAAUCGGUUCAUUAACUAUGGACAUAUCGUGAUGUGGGAUAAUGCAUUCAACGUCCUUUUUGCAACUCUUCUGUUCAUAUCUACAUUACAGAUUCUGAAAAUUCUCGGAUACAACAAACGAUUCACUGAAGUAAUCUCGGUGAUUUCAAAUGUGGGAAAGGAUUUAUUGGCUUUUGGUGCACUCUUGUUGAUUUUAUUUUUUUCUUUUGUUCUUUACGCCUAUCUUCUCUUUGGCUCAAAAUUAGAAAGCUACAAAUCAAUUUAUCAGACUUGUGGAAGUCUAGCCAACACCUUCAUCGGUAAAAAUAAGCUUGACCCCCUGAUUGUUGCAGCACCAUUAUCAGCCCAAUUCUUUUAUUCAGUUUACGUUUUAAGUGUUAUAAUGUUCAUGUUGACCAUCUUUAUGGCAAUCCUGAACACUAGUAUUUCAGCAGUGAGGGCUGAAACAGUGGCAUCAGCUGCAAAAAUUGGAAUGCUAGACAUCGUGAAAAAAUUUGUCAACAACAUUCUGGAAGUUUUUCAAAAACCAAGAAAGAGCAGUACAUUUAAUCGUAAGUUAUAUCCUUUAUAA